AUGGCCAUCAACCGUGGUGUUUACACUGACCCCUCCCACAACAUUUAUAUCGCCGAGGCAGAGCCCUCAGCAGACACCAUUCAGGCCGGCUCGACUCUCCAGCCAGGAGAAAUCACAGUCGCCAUCAAAAGUAGCGGGAUCUGCGGCUCAGACGUCCACUUCUGGAAACACGGCGGCAUCGGCCCCUGGGUAGUAACCGCUCCACACAUUCUAGGCCAUGAAUCAGCCGGCGAGGUGGUUGCCGUUCACCCGUCCGUUACAUCGCACAAAGUAGGCGAUCGCGUGGCCGUCGAGCCCCAUAUUGUCUGCUUCGCCUGCGAACCCUGCCUGACGGGUCGGUACAACGGGUGCAAGAGUUUGAUUUUCCGGUCGAGCCCGCCCGAGCACGGGUUACUACGCACCUAUGUCAACCACCCAGCGGUAUGGUGUCAUAAGAUUGGGUCGCUGUCUUUCGAUGACGGGGCGUUGUUGGAACCGCUCAGCGUGGCGCUCACGGGUGUGACGAGGGCCGGAGUGACGAUCGGGGAUCCGGUGCUGAUUUGUGGUGCCGGGCCAAUUGGGUUGAUCACGCUGCAGGUUUGUCGAGCAGCCGGGGCAUGGCCUCUUGUUAUCACAGAUAUCAAUGAGGCAAGGUUAAAGUUUGCGGCUGAGUAUGUGCCCGGUGUACGAACUUGUCUCGUGCGUCCCACGGAGAGUCCAGAGCAGUGCGCCGAGCGGGUCAACAAACUCAUGGGCGAGGGUGUGGAGGUGGCAAUUGCUUUGGAAUGCACUGGCACAGAGUCGAGUUUGGCGGCAGCAGUAUGGAGCGUCAAGUUCGGUGGAAAGGUGUUCGUGAUCGGGGUGGGGAAGGAUCAUUUGCAGAUCCCCUUUAUGAGGAUGAGCGCUCAGGAGGUUGAGCUCCAGUUUCAGCAGAGAUACGUAAAUAUGUGGCCGAGGGCUAUUCGCGUUUUGCAGAGCGGAAUGGUCAACCUGAGCAAAUUGGUCACCCAUGAGUUUGAACUGGAGGACGCACGUACGGCGUUUGAGACGGCAGCAGAUCCAACAUGCGGUGCGAUCAAGUGGGUUUCGCUAAAAGUUCUGAGAGCGGAUAUCUCCCAGGGAUCCGAAGAACUUCACAAUAUACACCUACUUGAAAAGCGUUCGCAGGGAAGGCUACCCUCAAAAUAUAUAGUUUCGUUACUCGACUCUUUUACUCACCAGGGGCCUAACGGAAUCCACCAGUGUCUUGUCUUUGAGUUGCUUGGACCUUCUGUUGACAGGGUUCUUCGCGACUACUACAGCUCUGGGGAUACCCUUGAGCCGGAGACUAUCCUUCGCAUGUCAGAACAGCUUCUAGAAGCCAUUAAAUUCAUUCAUGAUGCUGGUAUGGGACAUGGAGAUAUACGCGGUGGAAACGUCGCUUUCAGCUGUAGCCACCUCUCGAAUGUGACCAAAGAUGAGCUCUUCGAAGUCCUUGGGAUGCCAGAAUCAGAAGAACUGGUUCGUCUUGAUGGCAAGACUCUGGAUAAAGGCCUACCGAAACAUAUAGUAAAAGCCACAGAAUGGGACGAGUGGAUAGAUGAAGAUGAUGAAGACCUUCGCAUUCUUGACUUUGGAGAGGCGUUCUUCCAAGGAGAUGAGCUCAGAGAACUUGCUCAGUCAGGGCCAUUACGGGUGCCCAAGACAAUUUUCCUCGAAUGCUUUGACCACCGGGUCAACUUAUGGCAUCCAGGCUGUAUGGUAAGUAGCCCUACCGUGUCUGUCGCAAGUUUGAUGCUAAGGUUUGCAAUGGAGAUUUAUGCGUUUAUAUGUGGUACAUAUCCAUUCCAAUAUCUAGGAGACGAUGAUGUCCUGGUUGUACAGAUGAUUGGUUUUGUGGAGGACUUACCAAAGGACUGA